AUGGGUAGCAACAACGUUUAUGAUUUUGAUACUGGAGCAGAUAAGACUAAGAAAGAGUUAGUUCAUGUGAGGCACUUUCUGGAGGAGACAUGUGUAAACCCUACUUUCAUUAUUAACCAUCCAGAGAUUAUGAGUCCAUUGGCAAAGUGGCAUAGGUCAAAACCAGGCUUGACUGAACGUUUUGAAUUAUUUGUUAAUAAGCGUGAAGUUUGCAAUGCAUACACGGAGUUGAAUGAUCGUGUGGUACAACGCCAACGGUUUGCUGACCAACUCAAGGACCGACAAUCAGGUGAUGAUGAAGCAAUGGCUUUGGAUGAAACAUUUUGCACGGCUCUCGAGUAUGGUUUUCCCCCAACUAGUGGUUGGGGACUGGGUAUUGACCGACUAACAAUGAUGAUGACAGAUUCGCAGAACAUCAAGGAAGUUCUACUCUUUCCGGCCAUGAAACCUCAGGAUGAACCUUCUGCUAAAGAACACCUCCAAACAGCUUCUGGCUUGGGUCCAGUAUAGGUUUUCAAUCUGCCAAUAUGCAUGCAAAUCUGCCUAUAGAAGGUUUACUUCUGUUUUGGUUAUGCAUUUAAAUAUGCCUGCAGAAGGUUUAUUUCUGUUUUGGUUAAAUUGUUUCUAAUUUCAUUUCUUUUCAUUUCAUUUACUUUUGUUUUGGCGGUGAGAAACAAACAUAGGAUUGAAAACAUUAAAAUUGUGCAUGUUUUUGUCAAAUCUGGAUUGAGGGCUGCUGUUGGCUUUUUGUCAGAAUACUAUGGAAGUCAUUUCCAAAUUUUGGUUAUAAACUUACAUAUUGACAACCAUUGUUCAGGGGGCUCUCAUUGUGGUCUGUUUCUGGCCAGACCAUCUCAUUUGUCUCUCCCUAAGAAAGUACUGCUGUUAUUGUGUAAGGGUUGUCCUCGUACUAUGUUUACUAUACAAUCCAAUUAUUUUGAGUACA